GCUCGUUCGCUCGUUCGCUCGUUCCCUCGUUCGCCUGUCGGAGUGGUAAUAAUAAUAAUCAUAUCCUCCUGGCCGCUCCUUCUUCGUCCUUCUUUUUGUCCCUUUUUAUGAUAUAUAUUUCUUCGUACAUACCUUCGUUCGUCGCAAUCUCAGCUAUCGCCAAUUGACCGCUCGAUUCCUUCAGCGACGCCAACGAAGACACGGUCCUGUCUAAACAUUCAUUUACCUAUUGAUCAAAGCUAUUGACUUUACGAACUCUUUUUUUACCCUUCUCGGCGAUGAACUACAGCUCUAUUCCGUUUACGAUGUCGCAUUAGAACACCCGGUAUUCAGUACGACCAGCACGACCAGCACGACCAGCACGACCAGCACGACCAGCACGACCAGCACGACCAGCACGACCAGCACGACCAGCACGACCAGCACGACCAGCACGACCAUUGAUGAGCACAUGGAAGACUCGAACAACUUCCUCGGCAGGCGAAUCGAUUCUCGCGUCUCAAAACAUGGUUUCUCCUACACCACGAACCCCAGGGCGGAAACCGUUACAUGAAAGGUCCGGCUCGCAAACCAACAUAGCUGCGGUGCGUUUGGUACCAGCGACUCCUCCGCAAUUACUAUGGAGCAAUACCCCUUCUGAGGAGCGAGACGACAUCUACAUGCGGACUGCCCUUCCGACACAUCCAGCCCAUCUUCUCCCCCCUCCAGACGCCGGCGCUUCAUUCUUUCAGGAGUCGGCGGCAUUGAUCCAAUCCGCAGACCCAGUUUCGGCCGCCCAGCCUCUGGCGAAACAGUUGAGGGGACAGGGGCCUGCUUUGACCACAACGUAUCAACCUCGCCAAACCUCAAGGAGCACCACCUCGACCCCUUCGAGCUCUCGACAAUCGAGUGUCAAAUCCCUGCAGCGAAAGCGGAAGCAAGUUAAGGUCAACCCUGACAAAACCUUCUCUGUUUUAGAAGUUGCCGGACAAGUCGAAUCGACUAAACCAGACGAAAAUGGAUACAGUUCCUCAUCCUCUACACUUAGCCGUUCCACGUUUGAUCGGGUAUCCUCCAGGACAGACAGCUUCGCCCCACGGGGUGCCUCGGGAGCAACAUGGAAAUCAGAGAUUACUGCGACAACUUUAACUACCUCUUGCACUCCGAGCCCAGAUAUGUCGAUUAAAUCACCUACCUUUGAGAGUAAUACGCCCUCGUCGCCUUGGAACUACAAGCUCGUGGGAGGGCUUCGAAAAGUUCCUGGGACUCCAGACCUGAAGCAGAAGGUUGAGCUAUUAUCAGACUCACCGCCGUCCUUACCGGACUUGCCUGAAAUUGACCAAACGAACGAGCGGGAGUUAUCCAACAAGCAAUCUUUUCAAUCCGGCGUGACUACGUCGACGACAUCAGAUUAUAGUAAUUGCAACGUUUUUCCAAGCUCACCACCAUUGCUAGCGACAGCAUCGAGCCCAACUCCAUCCAUCAACUCCGACCAGCAGAUUGCACUUCCGUCCUCACCGGGUUCAUAUGUCGAAGAGUCCACUGUCCUUCACCAUCAGCUUCCACCUUCCAGUGACCAAAACUACGAAAUACUUGGCCAAUCAUCUACUGGAUAUUCACCAUCCUCUUCACAGCUUGAGCUAUGCAAUACCGAGAGCAAUUACGAGGUUCACGGAGAUCUCUCCCCAUCCCCGUCAACAUCUUUGAUCAACCUUCCUGCCCAGCCGCAGCAAGCCUACUCUCGAGAGUCAUUGGUUAUACCGCCUUUACAGCCCAAGGCAAAACGAUCUGCUGAGCGAUUUGGGUACUACAAGAAGCAUUCACGAGAGUCGCUUCGGACCGGAUCGUUAACGUCCAUUACAUCAGCCUUAAGUGACGACUUUGUUAGGGCACUUGCGACUGGUAGGCAGCUGACCCGCGUACCGAGCCUGAAAAAUAUCCCAGAAACCAGCCCAUGGACAAAUCCGCUAGCUCUCAACGCAGUGAAAACACACAUGCAAGCUUACCCGCACCAAUGGAGCUCACAGCUUUCUACUGUGGCCUCAGUGUCAGAAGGAGGCACCGAUCGAAAUUCACGCCAAUGGUCAGAAGCAAGGCGAAGCAGCGGGUUCGUGUCUCACACCCGCCAAAUCCCCAGCAUUGCCUCCACCAUUUCUCAAGAUGAAAGACUUCGCGACAGCAACUUGCUAGCAUAUCCUCAGCCAACCUACUCGCCGACUACCCAGGAAGCGCUUGGGCCGAUGACGAGAAUGGCUGAAGACCAAGAUGAGUAUGGCGACAAACUUACAGACAUGCCAAUAUUGCACGAACGGCCUUCGAGAACGAAACUGUCAGGAUUCUUCAACAUCCCAUACGAUAUCGGGCGCAACAAUAGCAUGCGAUCAAUAUCCAGCUCGAGAGCGAACAGCGUACUUGGGACCACGCUCCCAACUUGGGCCCAACUAUACUACGGCAGCGGCGAGUGGCGAUACCUCGAGGCGCCUGGUAGCUCGUCGGAAGCGUCUGAUAACAGGCCCCCCAGCUCUUACCGGAGCGGCUCCCCAGAUACUACCAAUUUUCCGGUGGGUUUAUGUAGCCCUCGCCGACGACCAAGGGAGCUUCGUCCCCAGCGUGAAAUAUCUCAGAGGUCACACCACUCGAUGGAUAUCACACCUGCGGACCCGCCGAACCCUGCGAACCCAGCCUUGGCUGGGAGUUAUUUAAUUGAAUACUCCUUCAAGCAUCGUGUUCGGAAGCCAUCGAGUGUCUGGAGUCCACAUCUUGCGCACGACAGGAGGAUGAGUCGGCGCCAGAGUACUUGGGAUGCCCCUUCGGUUGACUGGUCCCAGGGAGGGUUCAGCAGUGAGAAGAACGUUCAAAUAAUAAUGUUCAUUGUCGGAUUUAUAAUGCCUAUUUCGUGGAUGAUUGCCGCGGUACUCCCCAUCCCCCCAAGACCCGAUUUUCCGGAAUUGACGGAGGAGGAUGCCAGAAAGAGCCGUCUGGAUUUGCAAGAAGAGAUGAAUCGCAUCUGGAGCCCAGUGGACGAGAAAGUAUAUCAGAACGCACGGUGGUGGCGGAUACUUAAUCGAAUCUUCUCCGUUGUGGGAGUCGCCAUCAUAACUCUCAUUGUCGUUCUAGUUGUGACGAAGGCUUGAGAAAAGGACGUAGCGGGGUCCAAUAUCCCCGACCACACACUAUCACAUACUUCCCGCUUAUUACCAUAUAUUUUACAUCUACAGCAGCCUCUUCGCCAGCUGUCUCGGUAUAUUUACCAUCACCAACCACCAACCUGGUGGCUCAUUCAUUACUACAUGAUAUUCAAUGCCACAACGACGCGGUUACGUCCGCACACGCCUUUCUUUUUCAUGGUUCUACGCCAAGCUUUUAAGCUCAAAAUAUCAGGCACGGCUAACGCAGCCAAACUAUUCCAACUUUCUUCACGAUAAUUCUAUAAACGGACGAGAACGACGGAGUUCAUUUUUUAUUUUUAACCUUCUCCCAACCAAAACAUCGUUUUGGGGCUUGGGCGGCCUUACGAAAUUUAUGGAUGAGGAACAGAUUUUACGUUUUUACGAUUCACACUUUAAGACAUUUUCAUUUUUCUGUAUCUAUAUUGCAGCUUAGAUGAAUAUUACGAGUGGUUUUUGUCUCUUGAUCUUGAGAAUGUUUUGGUCUGUCUUGUCUUAGUUUCCAGCAUGGGUGUUCGGCUGAAGAAUUGGUGAAGCAGGCCAACCCACAAACAUGAAACGUUCAUACAUAUUUUGUGACAAGUAGCUUUAUGAUAUAGCCACCUGCCAAAAUGGCCUCCAGCGCUUUCGAACACAAGCUAUAAUAAGUUUCGCGUACUAAAGUUUAAGGGGCCAAGAUCUUCAAACCGUCCUUAUCGCCAAUGCACGUGACGAUAAAUGCCAGAUAACGCUCAUGAUCGACUUCAGAAUAUCUUCCCUGUAAUUCAAAGAAUACUACCCUUAAU